UCCUGCACACAAUGCACGAUCGGGGCGAAACAAGUCCAUGACUAUCUCAGCAGGAUGGAGCGACGAGGUGGCCUGAUGGAGAGAUCAUGCACAGAAACAGUUGAAAGAUGAGAAUGUCAGACUCGAGACUCUGAUCGAUGACGGGAAGUUCAUCCUUUGGGACUGUGAACGAGAUCAGGGACGUGUUGUGCUUUGGGCCCAUCAAAAGGUUACAGAGCGAUGCGUUCAUGGCCACUUCUGACUACGUGCCCUCGAUCAUUCAAGAGCAUGCUGGGUCCUUCGCUACAAUGGUGAUCCCAAAGAAUUUGAAGGAAGACUACUUGUCUCGGUGGAUACUCGACGAUUGCAAGCAUGGAAUGUCAGUGGGCUUGACUGAGUUUUCUCUCAAUGCCGAGGACAUUGCGUCUGACUUUACAAGCCGCAAGAGGAAAAGCAAAGUCUGGUACUGCAGCAUUGAUAUUCUGCAACAGACUUUCGUUUGCGCAUGCGGACACUCGGUGAUCUCAACGGGGAAACUAGACAUCAAACGACCUUUUAUCCUGGACGUUGUUUGGGCCCACGAUGAGUUGAGCUUCUUUGUCGAAACGCGAUGCAUCGGGAAGAUCAAGGCAAACAUCAAGCAAUCGAAGAAAUUGAGGUUCACAGCUCAGGUGUGGAGGAAGCAUGACGCUGUAACACUUCUCGACUGCUACUCUCUGGGGAGCUUCCAUGAGAGCCGAGGGAGCACAGGAGGGUCCUCGCCCGUCGCCUUCCUGCAGAGUCUCAAAGUUUCGUUGGACCCGAGACAGAGUGUCUCCUACCACACUGGCGAUGGUUUUCGCUGGAAGUGCAAAUUCUCUUGCGCCUGCACGAAGGUUGCUUCAUGGAACUGUUUGUCUGGCCAGCCGUAUGACAUGGCCGCAGUUUGCAACUGUCCCGAAUGUGAAGCGAGCGGAUUGUUCCUCCGUUCGAACUCCUUCUCGAGAACCAAGUCCUCUCUGAAUCUGAGCAGGAGAUUGAGCAGCGUCAGCUCACAGAAGGGAGAUGAUUUCGUGAGAUCGAGCAGUACACGAUCGUUGAGGGUUGCGAAGCCGAUCUUCAACGACAGCAGCCGAUAUUCCGUCACAUACCUCGGUCACAAUGUAAAGUUUUCGCCCAGGAGGCUGGAGGGUUUGAGCUCUGGUCAGAAUCUUGUGAAGAGUCUUGAAUAUUACUCAAAACAGCUGCAAAUGAAGGCUUGA